CUGAGCACUCCAACCGAAGAACGUGUAAUAUUCUGGGAAAGAUGAAGGAUUUGAGACGGUACAGAGUUCAUGCAGGAGGCAAACAAAGGAACAAGAAAGGUCAGCCGACGUACCAUGAUAGAAGGGAAGAGAGGAUAACAUUAGGACGUUAUCUGCUGAACCGAUUGAUGCAUGUUGACAACAGAUGUCAAAAGGGAGGAGAAUGUUUAUCUGAUAUCUUAGAAAAGCAAGAAGGAAAGAAUAAAGGGUACCAACAAGAACCCAAACACCAACAAUGUGAUAACUCCUCUUGGGGAUUACUGCCUGACUUGCGGUUAUUAGACCGCUUUUCAUCUAAUGAUUUGGGACCAUGUAGGAGUGUGCAUAGUGUACAAAGCCAUUCAUUUAUGCAGUUUCACUCCAUUGGUUUGUAUUGAUGAAAUUUAUAUCCAAUCCCAAUCGGUGCCAUACAAGCCUGGUGUCUGUAAAUGCUCCUGUGAGUAAUGUGCUGACCAGGUUUAUCCCUGAAAUUGUUAGUGAACGGAGCAGCUGGAGGAUCCCAGCCCUUGGUGAUAAAUGCUGGGUAUUGUGGUGAAUAAUAAUGUUUAAUAUCAUCAAAACACUUGUCUACAAACAGGAAAAACAAUUUAGAAAUUUGUUUUAUUGACAAGAUUUGAUGAUGAUAACUUAUGAAAUUUAGAUAAUUGAAAAUGUGUCACAGAUAUGUAAUCCCCUCUCACCCAUAUUUAGUGUUUGUCGUCCAGUUAAUCAUUUGUCGUCCAGUUUAUCAUUACUCUAAACAAAAGACUUUAAUGAAGAACACACCUUCAAGACAAGGAUUGACUAACUCCUCACUACUUGCGCACUUAUUUCAAAGAAAAACGUUUAUCAACCAUAAUCUGUCAGUCUCAUUGGCUACCAGACAAAUCGCCUGCCCACAAAUGCUACAGGUCCUUGAAAUUGUCAAAGAAAAGACCACUUAGAGGACAUUGGCUCGUCUAAAAUGUAACUGGACUCUGUGAUGGGUCACUUUCUAUAAAUUUGUUUAUUAUCAUCUGAACAAUUUCAGCUUUCUUAUCAUUGCAGAAUUUUUGUUUAUUUUGAUUUUCAACAGUUUUUUAAAUUAUAGUUCACAAUCUGCUUCAUACGUAAACCCCAACUGAGAUGUGCAAUACAAAAAGAAAUCAAAAGUAAAUCAAUGAUUCAAGACUUAUAAAAACCAUGUCCACCCCAAGAACAAAUGGAUUUGGACGAAAAGGGAAAAAUCAAACGAACAUGCUUUAUGCUGAAAAUUUCAUCAAAAUUGAAUGUUAUGUCAGUUCAAAGUUUUUCUGUAUUCAGCAAAACAGUUAUAUACACAUCAUGCUUUGUAUGCAAUUUAGAAAGUGAUGACAUCAAGUCACUAUUUCUUUUGUAUUUUUAUUAAAUAAAAUAUGAAAUAUUUCAUUUUUUUCCUCCUUAGGAAACAAACCAAGUUUGAUUCUAUUCUCACAUUCUUCAUAAACCAUUGAUAAAACCUGUUGUGAAGAAAUUAAGUGUAUCUGUGUUAUCAUAUUUUCAAAAACAUGAAAUUUGGUAUGAUUUAUGUAAUAAAAUGCAAAAGAAGUAGUGAGUAUGUGACAUCAUCAACUCAUUGAUUUGGACAUGACCACGAUUUGGUUAUAACUGUUUUGUAUAAGAUAACCAAUAUUUUAAAAUUACAUUACUUUCUUAUUUUCCAUGCAAUUUGUAUUAAGUGUGUGACAUAAUGUUUCCUAGAUUGUCCUCUUUUGGUUCAAAUCAAUUUUUGUUGGGGGUGGACUACUCCUUUAAGGAAAGUGUCUUAAAUUGGUUACUUAUGUUACAUUUUUGUAUUGUUUUAUAUUAUCCAUUUACUACUGUUUUAUUUGUCACUGCACUUGAGUGUUUCGUGAUUACCAAUGUAUUCAGAUAAUUGGAAAUUCAGUUUUGCUGUUGUGAUUCUUUUGUGAAAUGGUGAUUGAAUGUAAAAAAGAAAAUUUGCAUCCAUUUUAGAUUUCAGUUCAUAUGUCUCCCUUUUGGAGAAACAGUUACCUGACUAGAUUUCAAAGUGUGAAGAUUGAAGGUCUAUAGUGUUUUUUUGUUCAUGGAAAUAGAAAGUAAGAAAUAUUUUUCUGGUCGGGCAGUGGCGGAGGCAUACAUUUUGACCGUGCACAGUCGAGAUUUAUCUAGUUUUCAAUGAGAAUUGUGGCAACAUCAUUUUAAUCACCAAAAAACAUAGAUUGUUUUGACUGAGUAAAAGUAGAAAUAAUGACACAUUUAUGAAUUUUGGGAGAAAAGUUUAUUUGAUUUGUUUUGAUCAUUACAGCAUUUUAAAGCCUGACAGUCAUUUACAUAAUAUUGCAUAACUUGAGAACCACAUAUAUGAAUUUGAUAUGGAACAAUGUGCAAAGCUUGUAUGUAAAUUGUGUUGAACCACUGUGUUGAUGAGUUCUCAACAUUGUCAGUUUUCACAGUUGAUUUAACACCACAAAAAAUUAAGCCAGUUAUAUUUAAAGAGAUCUUCAUUACGAAUUGACCUGCGUGAAUGGUAAAACAUCCCACUAUUCAUAAAGGAAAGUUAUUAUUUUAGUUUCUCUUUAUACAUCAGUAACUGACAUUGUCUAAAGCAAGCUAAAUAAUUUUUAUUCCUCUGCUCAUCAAAAGUGGUUGCCGGUGGCAUUAUGUUUUGGAUUAUCCGUCUGUUCGUCCAUCCGUUCAUCUGUCUGUUCAUUCCAUUUUUGUUCUCGCAGUAACUCAAAAACCAUUUCACAGAUCAACUUCAACUUGGACCAUAUAUGCAUUAGGUGCUCAAAAUGAUUUCACACAUGCGUAUGCAUGUAUGUAUCGUUAGAAAAAAAUUAAUAUUCAUAUUCUGUUGGUACAUGAUCUCAUUAUUUAGGGUUAACAGAUCAAGGUCAAGGUCAGAAAGUUCAAGCAAGUACAUAAUAAAUACUCUGUUCUUGCUACAACUCAAAAACAGUUUCAUGGAUUCACUUGAAACUUGAAUCCUGUAUGGAAUGGCGGUGAAGAAGAUCUCAUCAGUUUAAAGGUCAUGAGGUCAGAGGUCAAGUUCACAAAAUUAAAAAAAAAUAGAUAAAAAUACUCAUUUUUACUUUUACAAUUUUGUAGAUGAUCUUGUAACUUUGAUUGUGUAUGCAUCUGUAAUGAAUUUUUGCUUUUCGCUUAAUGGACUUUUUGCAAAAAAUAUCAAACAACAAAAAUGGUCUACCUCCACCAGGCCCCCCCCCCCCUCUUCCCAGUGAAUUGUUAAACUAAGCAUCACUUUUCUGUUUAGAUGCAGUAUUUUGCAAUAAUACAUUAUAUGAAUGAAACUUUAUGUAUGUAGUCUGUGUAUGUAUUUAGGAUCCCUAUGAUAUUGGAAUAACAAUGUAAGCCCAAGCCUUGAGGGCUUUGGGUAACAGUUAAAAUGCUGUGAACCUUUUAUUUUGAUUAUUAUGAAUUAUUUGUUGAUCAUUGUUAUUGUAUUUAUAUUUUCUUUUUUAUGUUCAGAAAUCUGUCAUUAUCUUUUAUGGCUUUUGAUUGUACAAAUAAAGAUAGAAAAUAAAAAUACUAAAGAGUA